CAAGAAGCGCUUGUAAACAGAAAGCCGGGCCGGAGUGGUCGCCGGCCAAAUGGGCUGUCACCGUGAGGAGGGCGGGCUGCCGAAACCUAGCCCCAGCCUGGAGUAGGUUGCAGGCCCUGCAGGUGAAAGGAGAAAAGCAGUCGGUGGCCAGGAAAUCAAAGAUGGUCGUGAUGCUGCUUUGACAAAUACUCCUGUUGUCUUGACAGUGGUAUCCCUGAAGAGUAUUCUCAAAGGAAUAUUUGUCUCCCAGUACCUUUGUUGAUGACUGUUAUCGUCUAGAAAAUGUUGUUCAUGUUCGGGAAAUCAGCCACCCCUGUGCUUGACCUGCUCUGGGCAGCUGAAUGAAAGUUCCUUCCAGUUGCUUCCAGAACUCUCUUGCCCAAAACACUUCUCCUUGUUGGGUGAAUGUUCAUGAAGCCCUUUCCUGAACCAGUGUAGGAGGCUUUGGCCCCUUGGAGCGUAUGACAUGGAAGCUUUGGAAGUGGAUGACAUUAGCCCAGCCUUGGAAGUGACCGAGGAUUUCUUUAAUACUUUUGACAAUAAGCUUGAAAAGGCUGUGCAGCAAGCAGAGGUUUAUGGGAUCCAAGAAGUCCCUGAAUUGGUGGGGCGGGAGGUCCUCGGUAACAUAGACAAUGGUGCUAUCAGAAAUGUCACCUCCCUGGGCCAGGGGGGUGUGAUCUGGGACCAUUGUAAGACCAGACUCUUAGACACCAAAGUUCCAAAUGUCUUCCCUGCCAAAGAACAGUUUAUGGUCCAGAAGGGGACAACCCCAGAUAAUCUGUCCUGGAUGGAACAAAAGGAAGCAUCCACCUUUAAUUUUUUCAACAUCUGUCAGCGUCGAAGAGACAGGCCUCGUUCUGUGAAUGACUUAUUGGAUGAGACCUCGACUUUUAAGCCUGGGCAUGCUCGAUCAAGGUCAGAUAUUACCCAGGUGGACUGGAGGGUGGUCCUCAAAGCCAUGCCUCUGCAGCAAGAAGUUUCUCUUCAGGGCCCUCACUUCGCCAGGCCUUCUUUUCUGUUGGCCUCUUCAAACAAGGUAGAAGAUGCUCAAGGAAAUACAGAACACAAGCCGGCAUUCCCGAACAUCCUGAAGAAGGGUUACCUGGAGGUUCGGAAAGACCACGACAGUUACUGGCAAAGCUGUUAUGCUGAGCUCUCCCCCUACAGCUUAUACUUCUACAUUCUCGACAGCAGUGGGAAUCAGAACCUCUACGCCACGUACCAGCUGUCCCACUUCCAGAGCAUAUCCGUUCUGGGCAACCUCGAGGCCAGGCUGGUGGACACCGUCCUGUAUGACAACACUCAACUGCAGCUAAAGGCCGAGUCGCCGUGGGAGGCUUUGGACUGGGGGCAGAAGCUCUGGGAAGGUGUGCACGCCGCUGCACCAGCCUACAUGGGCCGGCCGGGAGAGCUGGCCGAGUCCCCGGGGCUUGGCCAUCACGUCGACUGUCCACAGAAUCAUUGUUUCCAGAAGAAAUCCCGCGAGCUGCUCAUGCCAUCCCCUGUGCUGGAUAGCCCCAAACAGUGUCAAAACAUCCUCAAAUCCGGGACGCUGUACAGGCUGACCAUGCAGAACAACUGGAAGGCAUUCACGUUUGUGCUGAGCAGGACCUGUCUGAUGGCCUUUCCGCCAGGCAAGCUGGACGAGGACCCCCUGCUGAGCUACAAUGUGGACGUGUGUCUGGCUGUCCAGCUGGACCACCUGGACGACUGUGACUCUUGCUUUCAAGUCAUCUUUCCCCAAGACAUCCUCCGCCUCCGUGCUGAGACGCGGCAGAGGGCUCAGGAGUGGAUGGAGGCCCUGAAAACAGCUGCCAACGCAGCAAGGAGUUCAGAACAGAACCUGCAGGUCACGCUGAGGACCAAACCCAGGGAUCAGAUGGGAGGGCACGAACUCAGGAAGAGCAAACGCCAGUCGGUGACCACUAGCUUCCUUAGCAUCCUGACGACUUUGUCCCUGGAACGAGGGCUCACCGCUCAAAGUUUCAAAUGUGCAGGAUGCCAGAGACCCAUAGGCCUUUCCAACGGGAGAGCCAAGGUGUGCAAUUACAGCGGGUGGUAUUAUUGCGGCAGCUGCCACGCGGACGACAGCUUCCUGAUCCCGGCCCGCAUAGUCCACAACUGGGACACUUCAAAAUACAAGGUGUCCAAGCAGGCUAAGGAGUUCCUGGAGUACGUGUACGAGGAGCCGCUGAUCGACAUCCAGCAGCAGAACCCCAUGCUGUACGGACACGCCGAGCCGCUGGCCGCCGUGGUGCGGCUGCGCCGCCGGCUGAAGUCGCUGCGAGCCUAUCUGUUCAGCUGCCGGGCGGCGGUGGCCGAGGAUCUGCGCCGCAGAAUUUUCCCCAGAGAAUACCUCCUUCAACAGAUCCACCUGUAUUCCCUCGCAGAUCUGCAGCAGGUAAUAGAGGGAAAGCUGGCUCCAUUCUUGGGCAAGGUCAUUAAAUUUGCCACCUCCCACGUGUACAGCUGCAGUCUUUGUAGCCAGAAGGGGUUCAUCUGUGAAAUCUGUAACAAUGGAGAGAUCCUCUACCCUUUUGAGGACAUUUCAACAAGCAGGUGUGAAAGCUGUGGAGCUGUUUUCCAUGCUGAAUGCAAAGAGAAGUCUGUCCCCUGCCCCCGAUGUGUCCGCCGAGAGCUGCAGAUGAAGCAGAAGUCUUUCUGGCGGAGGUUGAACAUGGACGAGAGCCUGGAGGAGGCUUGCAACAUGUUUGAGCUGUCCUACCAGAACACCUGACUCAGCAGGAGUCCAAGGCCGGGCGGUGACCUCUCAACAAUCCAUCAGCCCCAGUGGCUUCCAAACUAGACAGUUAGACCCCUCCGGGAGAAGUUAACGUCUCAUCCUCAGCUAGAUAUAUAUAUUUAUAAAUGUACAUGCACACAUACCUAUACGUCCUGUUCAGUAUAAGUCGUUGUCUUAAAGGUCCAUGGAGUUUUGUGGCUCACGAAGUUACCAAUAGCGGGAUUACACUUAGCCAUGAAUUUCAGCUGCUUUGCCCCCAAGCCAAACGUGGUUUACACACAAGGCUUUAUAGUUCAGACAUUGUGGGGCUCUCAGGAGCCAUUUAUUACCCAGGACAUAGGAGAAAGCAUUUUCUCCAGAAGAGUGCUUUGAGUUAUUUUUGUGUUAUUUAUUUUUAGCCUUCACAGAGGAUGAGGUAACUGAGGCAAGCACCCAUCAUCAAGUUUCAUAAGAAAAGCUUCAAAACACAGCAGUGACUCCUGGAUCCUUCCAGGAGUCCAUGUCCCGGCUCUCACCUCCGUGUCUUCGCAAAGGCUGGGAUCCCUAAGCUGAGUUAAACAGCUCGGGAGUCAGGAGCGUGAGCUCCCUCUGACAGAAAGCGUGUGUCUCUAAUUUAUCAGCGGAGCUAGAUAAAUUGUUCUGAAGUUAAUCUCAGAAAGCAUUUUUCCUGACAAGAGACCUCAGUAACCUACAUGUUGUCCGUCUGUUUGCUGGUACGAAUCCCAACACCCGCCCAGAGAUGUGACUGUAUUUGCCAGGCUGGAAACAUGGCCCUGAAGAGUAGUCUCUUAGGAGUUCCAUGGGUGACAGGAUGAUUUUUUUUUUUUAAAUGGCUCUGACUGGAGGAAAUUGCUUAGGAUUGUUAAAUACAUUAGUUUGUAGACCAGGAGGUCGGGUGUAGAGUACACACAUUCCAAGAGAGGAUCUGCAGUUUUCUUUUCACAGAAUCCUGUGUGGGUAGUUUCCACCUAUUCAUUACACUUUAUUUAUUUUUAUUGUUCUUCAUUGCCCUUUCACUCUGACCUUUCAUUUGUCAAUGUCACCACGUCUGCUUUCAUACUUUCUUAAUUGUUUUGAAAAAUCAGAGCACCUUGGAAUUUCACAGUACCAACUUUAGACUAUGAAGAAAAUACCAAACUGACAAAUAUAAUUCAGGAAUUAAAUCUAAUAUUAUUUAAAUAUAUAUAUACACACAUGCAUCAUUGCCACCGUGAAGUGAGGUGCAAAGUGCUAAGCUAAUAGGGAAUAAAAGUGAGAAUGAGUUGCUUAGGCACUUGGCCAGGGGUAUUCUUCCUCUGCAUCAUCCUUUUGGCGCAGUGGCCACGGUGACUAAAUUGGUAGAUAGCUGGGCACCGGAAAGCAUGGCUCCCAUUCCUUCCACCUUAACUCUUUCCAGAACCAAAAACUAAGCUUAUAUUUAAGCAAUUCUCAGUAGGUUAUAUGAGAAGAUUCUUACCGUUCCUCUGAGCAGAUGCCUUCAAAGCCUCCAUGGUUUAGUAGCUACACUCCUAGCAGGACCUAGAGAACCAGUGUUCCCACAGCCCAUGGGGACGGUUAACCCCACUGCUCCUUUCCCCACACCUGGCUCCCUCCGAUCCCAGCUCACGAUGCUUCUGUCCGUUUGGAGAUGUGACAUUUCAGACUCACUUCUGUGCAGACUGUUGGGUACGAGCAUUUCACCUCUCAACUCAUACCCAUUCCUUUGGCCCCAUACCACACAUUUCAACGUUAAUAGCUCAGCACACUCGUGCAUUUAUCUUCUGAUUAUACAGUAGCUGUAGCCAAGGCAUGAAAACUUAUUAAAAGGCCGGGGCCCCAUUCAUGAGAUGCCUUACGGUGCCUUUUACUCUUAGAAAAACAAGUUGACUCCCUCUCCCCGCCCCACCCCACUCUAUAGAAACUGUUACACACGAAAGAAAAGGGUGGAAGAUCUCAAACAAGCGCUUGGCCAACAGGCAAACAAAUUUGAUCAUCUCCCCUUUACUCUUCCCCUUCAUGAAAUACAGUAUUUAUAUAUUCCAGCCUCAGAGAAGAUAGCAAAACGUGAUCUUUCACAAGAGAAUUACAGACCUGCUUAUUAUAAAACAGAUGUGCUCCAAUGGCAAAGUGCCUUCUCCCUCCGCCCCCAGCUCCCUGUCCCUGUAGCUUACCUCUGCCUUUGCUGUAAUUAAUGCAUCUGUGACUCCGACUGUCAGCAGGGCCAUCCCCAGCACACUGCAGUUGGAGACCCGGAGGACAGGGCCACCUCCCCCCUUCCAGCAUGUUGGCUGCAUGUACAGAAUUUCCUGUCCUGUCUCACAGGCCCCAGGGUCAGACCCACUGAGAGUCAGCGUGACACUCUGGGUCUGUGCUCCCGAGGCCUUGGCUUUUACCAAGGUUGUUUCGAGGCCCGGCAGAAUCUUGGCAGUCCCUGUGAACCUCUAAGGAGACCUUUCCACCCGCAUCGUUUGUUGCUUAUUUUCGAAAGGGGAAAAAAAAAAUAGUAAAUGUGCUCUCACCAUCAGCUACCAGAACUGGAAGCAUACCCCAGCAGCCCGUUUCCCUCCUCUUUGUGAAGCCCCGACAGCCUGGCUGGUGCCAGCCGCAGGCCUACAUGACACACGCAGCCACCAACCCGCAAACCUGAACGGACAGGGCAGAGCCGGCUUAGCAGUUGGGUCUGCCACGAACAUUCAAAAUUGCUGUUUUCAACCCAGGAUGCCUUAGCGCACACCUGAACGCCGUUACUGUUUUCGACCCUAACAAAUUACUUGGUGCACUGUAGGUAAUUGUUCCACUGCUUAGAAACUGUCGGAACGAAAGCAGAUCUGUGGAUUACCACCUCCUUAAGACCUAAGCUAAUACCUGCUUUCCCUCGUGGUCCAUUUUUCAUCCCACAUUAAAUAUCUCAUACAUAAAGCCCAGGAGAAAAUGGCCCAUUAAUCUCCUAGAGCUGGCAGCCGACUCCAGGGAACUUCUUUUCUCUUGAAAGGCCCCUUCCCUGAUGUAUCACUUGAGGAAAUCCCUCCUCACCGUGCCAGAAACUCAACUGUGGGACAGUGCAAGCCUGGUGAAAUGCUGGCAUCUCACCCUGCAGUAAAAAAGCCAGUUCCCAAAAUAGACCUCAGUUUGCACCACGGCAGGAAGGCCACAAAGUACUUAAAAAGCAGUCAACUGGGAUGGGAGUCGUGUUCUUUCCAGGGUGGCUCUUUCUCCAAGUUGAAAGCUCUGUAUGUGAAAACCAUGUAAAACUCCCGUCUUCCCCUUUGCCUCAUUGCCUUUUCAGGGGACUGUAUCAUGGUCGUCUUCAUGAUCAUUGUGCUUAAGAGUAGUCUCUCCAGGAGCUUUAAUAUUUGAUGAGCUGAGAAGGCAAUCACUUUUGGAUUCUUCCAGACUAGGCCUCCACCAAGAAGAGACUAUCGUGAGGACUUGGGAUUUGUGGUUUCCAGCCAACCCAGCGGUGUCCUUCGGACCCCCGCUGAGGGACUAUGCCUGGCUUCCUUCCGGCUGCGCGGAGAGCCGAGCUGUUCACAGCGGUGUGGCUGCUGUCGGCCACCUCUGCUAAGCUGGAGUGAGUGCCCUUGCAUGGGGUCCCGCCUGUGUUUGUCUCUGCAUCUGUACGCCCUGCACACCGACACUGGAUAGCUUCUUCCCAUGGCUUCUCAAAAAGUCAUGACUUCCAGACCUGUGGCUUUGUCUCUACCCAUGAGCCAGAAAGGGCCACACAUAAAUCACUGUAUCAGGGUAGGACUUGCGUGAAGCUGCACUGAGCACUUUCUGCAAAGAGAGGCAUGACCUGAGGAAGCCAAGAUCCACUCGGCUCCUAACUUAGGGUUAAGCCAAUGCUGCUGUUGAUGUGUGGGGGCAGUGUUCCUCACCUCCACUGACCGGCUGUUCUUGACUGAAGUAACUAGACUGUGAAGGAAAUCUUCAGGUCCUAAUUCUAAUACUGCCUGGAGUCAACACAAGGUGAUUUUCCUUUUUAUUUUUUUUACUUCUCCCGGUAAAGAGAGAAAAGUGCAGUUCCCUCCGCCCCCUCAUUGCUUGAGUUUCCUGCCUCGCUACUUUUCUUCCUCUAAGAUAACGUGAGAAAAGUAGAGAGUUGGCGCAAAACUGAAAGAAGCCAACGUGCCCUCGCUGGCCUGAACCGAGUCGUUGGAACCACUCUCUGUUUUCCUUUCCCUGGUCCUUGCCAACACCUGGGCAUUAACAACAGCUCCGAGUGUUGUGUCCUCUGCACCGUUCUUCCAGUCCUCAGUCUAGUAGAACUCACUGCCCUACUUCACUACUUGAACCCAGUGACAGGUGAACAAGCCCUGCUGAGCUCAUCUAAACAGACAAAUGUGAUUUCUAUCAUGGGGGACAGUGUUUCAACAGUGAAGUACCAAUACCCCCAAGCCACUGUCAGAAGUCCUUGACAAAAGUCAGAAGAAAAGUGUGGAACACUGUCUCAAGCACACCCACGGCCGUCAGGGCUUUUAUUUUAAAUGGGCUCCAAGGGAUCAUGCGAUAGAGCCCUUUCCUCCUGCAGUGGCCUCCAAGGUGAUGGAAGGCACUGUUAACCCCGAGUGAAAAGACAGCUGCUGAUUUGCUUGGAUUUUCCCUGUAGAGAGAGAUGCCAUCUUGUUAGGAAGGUCUGCAGUGAAGCCAGUUGUUACCCAGGUAGAAGAUUCAGGCGCUUAUGGCAACUCUGCACAGUAAGGUACCCUCCUAGGCCGCUGAGCUGCAGACCAGCGUCUCUUCCCUUCCCUUGACAGUCCUUGCCGCAGUCCUGAGCCCAGAUUCAGGCCUGGUAAACUGGCUGGUGGACCUCUGGGGCUUGUGGCUCCUCACACUGACCCUCGUAUUCAUGAAUUUUUCCCCGUAGGAGUGCCUUACAGUACUGCCUCUUGCUUCUAGUCUAGCCUAGCAGACCCACUUGAAGCCUGCAGGGCCCUUUGCCUCAAUAUGGAUCACCUUGCUUCUUCCCUGCUGGCUGCUCUCAACACAGGCACGCUUGGAGCCCACAUAUUCCAUGCACAUGUCAGACCUUUCACCUUCAUUUAACCUGGUGCCUUAACCUCAUGAGUACAAGGGUUCCUGCUGGAAACACACUGUCAGAGCAGACUAGUGGAAACACUCCUUGGCGCCAUUGACACUAAACCAGGAAUCACAAAAGAUACGACCACAUAAUGUUUUGAAUCUGUUUUAUGCUGUUUCUCAAAUUACUCCUUUUGUUUGCUUGCUUGCUUUUCAUGAACCAAACUCAGGGGAAUGUCAUGAUGUCACCAAGGCCAAUGGGUAGAGAAAUUACACUGGUUAUUCAGAUUCGAAUCUGUAAAGUCAGUGAACUUAGCCUUUUUCAGGUGAAAAAAAUUACACACACACAAGGAUUUUCUUUUCCUUUAGUGUAUAAAGGGUUUCUUUUAUUUUGCCACCUGUCUUCCAAGUGGGAAGUGAGAGGCCUCUUGGAUGGAUUGUGGUGAAGACAUUUCUACAUGGCGUGGGCAGUCCACCAAACUAUUACAUUAGGCUUUCACCACCAAAGGCUUAGGUUCUGAUUUUGGUCACCUCUCAGGAUCCUAUUGUGAAUAGCCUAUCCUAGAACAUUCAAGGAGAAAAAAAAAAAAAAAAUCUGUCUUUAGAGAACAGUAAAAGGAGAGGAAAUGUGUAGGUUGCAAAUGAAGAGUAUCAAACGUGGGGUGCGGAAGUCUUUGCACAACUUGUUCUUAACGCUCCUGGGUCAGAUAGAUGUCAUUUUCCCUUAUUUCUGUUCAUGCUAUACAGAACUGUCUGAAACGGGGCUUGGGCUAUUACUCUGUCACUAUGUGUUGAGCUAUUUGUAAUAUCUACUGUAACUUAUAUAUGUAUUGUUUCUGUUUUUUGGAUUUUAUCGCCUUUUGUUUGGGCAUAAGUUAUCCAUAGUUUUGUUUACAUCAUUUUUAAAAAUAUCAAUAACUGUAAUAAUAAAAAAAGAAACUGUGUUGUGGACAAGACCCCUAGUUUUUAUGGUCAUCUGUCAUAUAAUUUAAGUGCACCAGUUCCUGAUGUAUAAAGUUAUCUCUCUCUCAAUAAACAAUGCAGAAAGUA